AUGAGAAGAACUCCUGUGCCGUGGCGUGCUUCCAUUGGCGGCUGGCUGCAAUUUCGACACCUCAGAUGUUUCCCUCCAAGUUUGUAACUGCAAAUGGUAACGGUCAAGAACGGGAUAACAGACAUUGAGGGUUCAGCUGUAUAUUUAUAGCGAGAGAUAGAUAGAUGCAGCUAUUCGUAUGGCCAAGGGGCCUCAAAACCAUCCUAUUGGCAUGCAAAGACAGAGCAUCAGUGGAUAGAUUACAUGCUUUGCUAAUAGUAUCUGGGAUAUUCAGUCCCAAGUCUCUUAAUGCUCAGUUAGUAGCAGGGUAUGCUCGUACCGGUGGCAUAGAAUUUGCCCGUAAAGUAUUCGAUAAAUUGCCCCAGAAAGGCGUCGAUGCUUGGAAUGCUAUGAUCAUUGCGUAUUCACGGAAUGAUUAUCCGUUUGAAGUCAUAGAUCUUUACCAUCAGAUGAAUUUGGAAGGAGUUAGGCCUGACAGCUCGACUUUUACAGUCGUGCUCAAGGCAUGUGCAAGCUUGUUGGAUUUGGAAAGGGGGGAAGAAAUUCGAAGAUGGGCAGUUGAAUGUGGAUAUGAGUAUGAUGUAUUUGUUCAGUCUUCUCUUUUGAAUUUGUAUGCCAAGUGUGGGAAGAUGGAUGAAGCAAUGGGUGUCUUCAACAAGAUGCCAAGAAGGGAUCUUGUUUCGUGGACAACAAUGAUAAAAGGGUUUGCUCAGAGUGGUCAUGCGUGUGAAGCAAUCUCUAUUUACAGGAGCAUGCAGAAGGAAGGAAUGGAAGGCGAUGGGAUUGUAAUGCUAGGAUUGAUUCAGGCUUGUGCAAAUCUCAGGGACAGAAACCUGGGUCUUUCUGUUCACGGGCAUCUGAUUAGAAGAGACCUCCCCAUGGAUGUGGUAGUUCAAACCAGCCUCGUGGAUAUGUAUGCUAAGACUGGAGAUUUGUGCCUCGCUUCUCGUGUAUUUAAGAAAAUGGAUCUCAGAAAUGUCAUUUCUUGGAGUGCUAUGAUUUCUGGCUGUGCUCAAAAUGGUUUUGCUGGAAAUGCACUUGAAUUGUUGAUAGAGAUGCAGAGUGUUGGAUUCAAACCAGAUUCGGCUUCAUUAGUAGGUGCACUUCUUGCAUGCUCUCAAGUUGGAUAUUUAAAAUUGGGCAGGUCAAUACAUGGAUAUAUUGUGAGAAGACUAGAUUUUGACCAGAUUUCAGGCACUGCAGUGAUUGACAUGUACUCAAAAUGUGGAUCCCUUUCUUGUGCACGAGCCUUAUUUGAUAAGAUGAGUUAUAGGGACUUGAUCUCUUGGAACACAAUGAUCGCUAGCUAUGGAAUUCAUGGACAUGGCAGAGAAGCUCUCUCACUCCUCCUUCAGAUGAUGGAGACAAACUUAAAACCAGACCAUGCAACUUUUGCUUCUCUCCUCUCAGCUUUAAGUCAUUCAGGCCUUGUGGAAGAAGGUCAGUACUGGUUUGAUCUCAUGAUUAGAGAAUUUCAGGUCCAACCAAGUGAGAAGCAUUUUGCUUGUAUGGUUGAUCUUUUGGCCCGUGCAGGACGGGUGGAAGAAGCCCAUGAUCUGACAGGUUCCAUGGUAAAUGAACCAGGGAUUGCAGUUUGGGUUGCUCUCCUAUCCGGUUGCCUAAAUCAUCGUAAGUUGGCAAUUGGUGAAACAGCAGCAAAGAAGGUUCUUGGGUUAAACCCAGAUGAACCAGGAAUUUUUGCUUUAGUUUCAAAUUUCUUCGCAGCAGCAAGUAGGUGGGAUGGAGUAGCCGGUGUGAGGAAAGUCAUGAAACAAACAGGGAUGAAGAAAGUUCCCGGUUAUAGCGCUGUGGAAGUGAAUGGAAAGUUCCAUGCUUUUGUAAAGGAAGAUAAGAGCCAUCAUCAAUACGAACAGAUUGUGGGAAUUAUGGAGAAGCUGGAACAAGAGAUGAGGGACGUAGGUUAUGUCCCAAAUACUGAAUCUAUGCUGCAGGAUAUUGAAAAGGAAGAGAAAGUGAGAAUGUUUGCAAACGCAAUGAGGGGCUGACUGGGGUUUGGGCUCUAGAACACCAACCAUAUUAUUGAUCAGAAAGAGUUUUUAUCAUAUGUGAGGAUUGCAAUGAAGCAACUUAAUUCAUUUCUGGAAUAGUGGAUGUAUUGUUUUGAGGCAAGCAUGCGAGUGUAAUCAAAAGCAACAAGUAUUGCAUGAUGAAGCAAAUGAAGCAGUUAAACAUGAAUGAUUUUUCAGGCCUUGGAAACGAGCUUAGGGUAGUUUGGCAUGUUACCUUGAAGCAUUUCAACCAACAUUGAGAAUGAGAUGUUUUGGUUCGUUUUAUACGCCGGGGACUUUCUCCAGCUUAUCAGAACCAAGGAGAGGUGAGCUUUUUCACUUUGUUGCUGUACAGAGGCUUUAAUUCUCUAGUUAGUUUCUUUAUUCAUUCUUCAAAAGUUUCUUGUUUUGAGCUCACUAAACCGUAAUAAUUUCCAUGAAUUCUUAGCAGUAUAUUAAUUGGUGUGAGUACUGAUAUAAAAUUAUAACUUUUCACACGAAGUAUCAAUUUUUUGAAUGAAAAUUGUUGUGGAAGUUAUUCUCCUUGUAUUACAAGUUUAAAUGGGUUUGCAUAUCUGCCUUUCUGGUCAAGAUUAAACUCUCUAAUAUUUCAUUAGGCCUGAUCAGUUUCAUAAAUUCUAGAACCUAUCCAUAGCAUACUACAUACAAUGCCAUAUAUGAGUCCUCUGAUUUACCGUUACUGCUGCUGCUGCUACAGAUUUGUUUGGAUGCUAAAGCAAUAUCCUAUUAUAUCAUAGAGUUACCGUAGUGGCAUCUGCUAAUUUGAUUCUGCAACAAAAAAGGGGA